GAUUGCAUCUUUCUUGGGUGCAGGUGAGGAAUGAACUCCAGAAUACUCCACCCCCACCAUGCUUGAGUCCCUUCAUAUAAAGCAGCAUCAUAUUUGCACAGAACAUGUGCCCAUCCUCCUGUACACUUUAAACGAUCUCUGGCGGCUUCACCCGGCGCAUCACAAGGCCUGCGCCUUUCUGAAUAUUUUGCAUCCAAGGUUGGUGGAAUUGACAGAUGGUGUCUGCUGAUGAAGUGACAUCCUGCUGUGGUCAUCUCUGGUCUGGAGAAAUGGGAUGGCUCAGGGUCCGAGUCCUCCCUUUUGCAUGUCUGAGUCUGCACAGUGGAGUCCACCGAGGCCUUGAUGAGCAAGUGGCUGCCCAGGAGGGCACCAGGUACUGUUCUUCGGAGCGUUAACCCAGUCCUCACGGUGUGCGUAAAGCGUCCAUCCCCGAGUAGGCGCGCGUCCCGCCAGCACCCCCUGGCGGCCUGACGUCCGGCUGCAUCCUGCGGGAGCGUCCCCCCUUUCUCGCUGGGCAGAAGGAAGUGUGGACACUCUGCGCCCAGGGGGGCAUCCAAGGCCCGAGGACCACACAGCAGCCAGGAGGACCCCUUCAAGGGUGAUCGCGCCAGGCCCGAGGCUGUGACCCGGUGCCCGGCUGAGGGGGCGAACGGGGGCGUGGCCUCCGGCCGGGCGGGGUCCCCAGUGGAGGCGGGGCCAGCCCGCGGGUCCAGACGUGGCGCAGCGCCUGGGUGGUGGUGCGCUUCCCGCUUGCGGAGCAGCUUCCGCCGGGUACCCGAUGCACCCUCUGCCUUCUCUGCCGCCGCCGCCGCUGCUGCUGCUGCUGUUUGCAGCGCUGGUGGCCCCGGCCACCGCCACCAGGACCUACUGGCCGAAUUGGGACCGUUUGCGCGGCCUGGCCCGGGGGCGGGUAGAGACCUGUGGAGGAUGACAGCUGAACCGCCUCAAGGAGGUGAAGGCUUUCGUCUACCAGGACAUUCCAUACUAUCACAACCUGGUGAUGAAGCACCUCCCCGGGGCCGAUCCUGAGCUCGUGCUGCUGAGCCAUCGCUACCGAGAACUGGAGCGCAUCCCACUCAGUGAGAUGACCCGCGAGGAGAUCAACACACUGCUGCAGGAGCUCGGCUUCUACCGCAAGGAAGAGCCCAACGCACAGGUGCCCGACGAGUACCUGUGGGCACCUGCUAAGGCCCCCGAGGCACCGCCAAGGGCCCCAAGAGACCGCGCUGACCUCUAGAGGGCCGCCCUGCCUGGACCCCGGUGACACAAUGAAGCGCUCAGCAUCCCGGGAGCCCCCCUCCCUUGCUGAGGGCCGACCACCCUGUCCCCGGACCAGCAGGAAUGGAGUUAGGGGAUUCCUCCCUCUGUUCCACUAAACCUUCCUUCUUGACCG